GAUCUUUCCCACGGGCUGUAAACGCACCAGCAGAGCCGCCAACGCACCAGCAGAGCCGCCUCCUCUCUCAACCGUGAUUGAUCUGCGAGUCUCUUUUCUUUUCUUCAAGUUGUGUUAUUUGAUUAAAACGAUGUCUUCUGGAGAAUUGUACACGCUGUAUCGCGGCCUUAUGUUCCCCAAAGAGACGCACUGCGCGCAGAGCUUGAAGUUCGCGCAGGAGUUCACGUUUAAAGACGACGACGUCGCGGUGGCCGUGUACCCGAAGUCAGGUACCACCUGGAUGCAGGAGAUCCUCCCACUGGUUCUGAAUGGGGGGGAUCUGACGCCGAUCCAAACCAUCCCUAACUGGGACAGGGUCCCCUGGCUGGAGGAGAAAAGACUAUCAGUGGUUGUGGAUAAGUUGGAGUCUCCGCGGGGGCUGGUCACACAUUUUCCUUACCACCUCAUGCCGCCCUCUUUCCACACCUCCAAAGCCAAGGUGAUCUAUCUCAUGAGGAACCCGAAGGACGUCGUGGUGUCUUCGUACCACUUCCACAAGAUGGCCGAAUUCCUCGAGACUCCGGCAACCUUGGAUGAAUUCAUGGAGAAAUUCCUCCAGGGCAGAGUGAUGUUUGGGAAAUGGACGGACCACGUGAAGAGCUGGAGAGGCACAGAUCUGGGAGACAGAAUAAUGUACAUCACAUAUGAAGAAAUGGUUCAGGACCUCCCUGCAGCCCUCGGGCGCAUCUCAGAUUUCCUGGGCCGUAAUCUGAGCGAAGAAGCCACUCGGAAGAUCGCGGAACAUUGCUCCUUCAAUGCCAUGAAGAACAACCGCAUGUCCAACUUCAGCCUGGUCCCGAAGAAGUACAUGAACUCCGACACGUCUCCUUUCCUCAGGAAAGGUAUUGCGGGAGACUGGGAAAACCAUUUCAGCCCAGAGCAACUGGUCUCAUUCACAUCGGUCAUUCGCAAAGAGAUGGAGGGCGAGAGCUUCUCUCUGCCGUGGAGCAUGGAGUGAUCACCGACUUGAGCAGAGAGGGGGGAAAAAAGAAGAAGAUAGAAAUCUAAUCGAGACAAAGCAGGAAAAAAUGGUGCCAACUGCACCGAAAUGCUUAGUUAACACUUGGUUUGAAUACUGGCCACACGAUUAACACCUAGAGCGCUGCACAUCUAUCGGCACCACCGCUGCAGGUAGAGCUCGACAGAAUGGAUACAAACCAUAAUUGUUUUACCGUCGCGUGCAAAAAAAAACCCCAGUGAGAUUGAAUUCCUAACCCUCAGGAACCCGUUUCUCUUCGGGCCGAGCCCUUUGAUUAAUCGAGGCGUGUCUUUCACAAAGAUCUGGGGACAUCGGAUCUACCGUUUUUUCUCGAUUGCUAAAACACAAAACGUGGUUCCUGUAGCUCAAACACCCAAACCUUUUCGUCCUUCCCAGAAGCGCACACACACA